AUGUGUGAAUCCUAUAGUUUAGUCGUUUUAAAAGAACCUUACAUCUCUAUAUGGAUUAUUAUAAGUUCAGAAGUUACAUGGACAACUCACAGAAAUCUAAUUCCCCAGUGGCUCAUUGGUACAGUACAGUUCUACUUUCAGCAUGUAGAUUUCUAUGGCUUCCUACACUUUCUUGCUUUCAUGAAAGUUAUGAAGGAACAUGACGCGGCUGGCCAUGACUUAUCAGUACCUAUUGUCAAACAAUGGUCACAAAGCACCCAUACACUAGGCCACCAAACGCAACCAACUUAUGCAGUUAUAAGUGUAAAUGACAUUUGUCAUCAAGUUAGUCUGAUCUAA